AUGCAGGGCAAGGCAAUAAGCACAGAGUUACAUAAACCUAACAACACAACGAAUUGCGUGUCCGUGUCGUUUCCUUUGGUUCUUUCUUUCUCACUGACACAAACACAUCUUGUUCUUCAAAACUUUCCUUCGGUUACGUUUUCACCGCGUUUUGCUUCUUCAGGCAAGUUGAAAGGAAAAAUUUGGCAGAAAAUUGAGGGUUUAGGUUUAUGUCGAUCAUGGAAAAUGCAUCAGUGGUUCAUGUUAUUGUUGUUUGUUAUUUUGUGGCAGUUCAUCAUCUUGUUGCUUUUAGUGGGUCCUUUAGGUUUGACUUUUGACUAA